UUAGCGAUCGCGGUGCGUUCAUGACUUAUUACUAUCGAGCGCGAGAGAAAAACAGCACCUGAACCGGUAACCGCGCGUGGUAACUUUUCGUCGUCUACGGCUGCGAUCGUUUGCUAGCUUAGAACAGCUCGGAGACUUGGACAAGAUUUAUUCUGCACGCGGCGAACGGUGAGGUUGCGAAAAGUACUACGAAGUGACGAACCUUUUCGAAGGCUGGAGGAAAUUGUGCAAUUUUCGUUAACAGAGGUGUACGAGCGGAAUAGUGAGAUUUUGUGUAAAGGAAAUGGUCCUUAGCGAGAGCCAGCUUGCAUUAUGUACGGUUUUCACAUUAUACCUGGGUGGUCUCCCUUUGAUGUACAGCCCGGCUCCAAGAGGCGACUGUGAAAACUGCUGUCCUAUUAGAGAGCCAAAAGAUAUUCAGUUUUUUCUCUUCACAAGAGAAAACCGCGAUAAAGGAGAUGUACUCUACGUUUCCGACAAGAAACAUCUGAGAAAGUCCCACUUGAACAGGACUAAUCCUUUGGUAAUCUAUAUGCAUGGCUUCUCGGAGCGGGCACCAGGCGGCGAAGGCGAAAGCAGCAAGCAAAUGCGAGAUGCGCUGCUCGACGCAAACGAUUACAACGUAGUCCUGGUAGACUGGAGCCCACUAACGGCGUUGCCCUGGUAUGUCAAUUCGGUGCAGAAUGGACCACGAGUCGGACGAUACAUUGCCCGGUUUAUUCGUUUCCUCGUGCUUUCUGACUUUCCGCUGCAACAGAUUCAUCUGAUAGGAUUCAGCCUCGGAGCGGAAGUGGCCGGGUUUGCUGGCAAAACAAUGAACGAGUGGGGCAUGAAGCUGCCGAGGAUAACGGGAUUGGAUCCCGCCUUUCCACUGUACGUAUUUGAGCGUGCCUCGCAGCGACUCAGUCCGAACGAUGCCGAAUUUGUGGACGUUAUUCACACCGACGGAGGACUGCUGGGCUAUCCUUGGCCUCUGGGACAUGUUGAUUUCUAUCCGAACGGUGGUGUCCCACUGCAACCGGGAUGUGCGCAGCAGGAGCUGGCAAAAAAUCGUUGGUUAGGGGUUAUAAUCGGUUGCAGUCACGCGCGUGCUUGGCAGUAUUUCGCAGAAUCGUUGGCCAGACCGAAAAGCUUUCUGUGCGAUCGCUGCGAAAACAGCGAUGACACUACUGAGGAAGAUUUUACCACAAGCAGCAACAGCAGAAGCACGCGGAGCAGCAGCAGUAAUUGCACAAUGAACAAAGAGGUCUAUAUGGGAAUGCAUGUGGAUAAAAGUUUACGAGGAAAGUUCUACCUAAGUACAAAUCCUGAACCACCCUUCGGGAAAAAUCUUCCGUUAAAUUGAGCUAGAUUUAACAGUGGAUUGAUGUGUUCAUUUUGUGUACAUAGUAGCGGUUAAACUAAAGUAGACAUAAUUUUAAGUAGGAUUUUAUUAAUUCUGUAUCGUUCCGAAUAAAUAUUAUUAUACUUUGUAGACAUUAAAA